ACUGUUAUUUUGAUCGGAUGUGUGACAGGAACUCAUUCCGUCAACUUUGUAGUUCCGCGUUGGAAGUAUUUAGCUAGCUAGUAGCUUCAGACGGUACCAGCUCUAUUCAGAGGAGAACUGGACCUCUGUUGUCACUUUUUAAACAAUUUACUUGUCCAAAUGAAAACGUAGACGCGUGUUUCAUUUCCUGGGAGGACGGAGUGACGUUUGAGAGAAGCCUAAACAGCAAAAGUGCGAUGAGCAGCAGCAGCAGCCCUGCGUCCGUCCAGAUGGACGAGGUCCGGCAGAAAGCUCGGUCGGUCCUCUCGUCGUCGGGCUCGGCUCAGGAUGUGAAGGCUGACAUUCAAACCAUGGCCGCCAUCGCUCUGCACGUUUCAGAGAAGUAUCGCCACCUUCCUGCAGAGACCAUGCUGAGAGAAAACACGGAGAACCGCCCCAGACCGGAGGUUCUGGAGUCUUUAGGGAAACUGGUGAAAGCUUUGAGCAUCCUGGAGAAGUACGGCUGCAACCUGACCAGUCCCACCAGGCCCAGGUACUGGAGGAGCGUCAAGCACAACAAUCCGGUCUUCAGAACCACCGUGGACGCCAUCAAGGGAGGCCGCAGAGUCCUGUUUCUGUACGGCUACACCAACCAGCAGAUCGACGGCCUCAGCUUUCCCGAGGAGGUCACUGAACCAAACAUUGAAACGGUUGCCGCGGUGACGCUGGAGGUGAUGACCCUUCGCUCUGAAGUGGACAUGCUGUUAAAGGGCACCCAUCCUCACCCCGAACCCUUCAGCGACAUCAUCCCAUUAAUCAUCCAGCAGAAUGUGCCGCCCAAGGGCUCUGUGGUAAAUGGGCCUGCAGACAAGGAGCAGGAAGAAAAACCUCAGGUGCCUCCUCCUCUGGCUAAACCCUCUCCGAUGCCGAGAACGCCUCCGAAACCUGCUGCAGCUUCGCCGGCGGUGGGGGAGUGUAGUCUGUGUGGCACCACUUCCUGUCUCGUCUGCUCCUCUUGUAACAAUCAGCACUUCUGUGUUGCGUGCGACGACCUGUUCCACCGCCACCCGUCCAGAGCCGAUCAUCGCAGAGACACUGUCCAGAAAACCUCAGCGGAGACCUGUGGGAUUUGUGGGACUACUGCUGUUCAUUCUCAGUGUCCCUCGUGUGUCAAGAGGUUGUGUUUGAACUGCGACCGUCUCUUCCACUCUCACCCUGACCGUAAAGGACACAGCAGGACGAUUGUUGGACCGGCGUCCAGAGCUCCCAGUUUGUCCCAGACGUCGUGGGACUGCUCACACUGCACCACAGUCAACGAGAUGAGAGCUGUCCUCUGCACCACGUGUGAACGUCCUCGACUCGCCACGGCCGCCGUCCCAGACAGCUCCAUCCCCACGUCUCAAAACUCGGAGUGGCAGUGUAAGAGCUGCACCGUGCUGAAUCAGGGCAGCAGCAUCCUCUGUGAGGUCUGUGAGCGCCCCCGCCUGGCCACUCGCCCACCCGUCACCCCUGUUCUGUCCAGCCUCCAGUCUGAGCCCAACUCAGCAGCAAAGUGGACCUGCCAGUUCUGCACCUUCGUCAACACCCAGCCGUCUCCCACCUGUGAGAUGUGCAGGCUGUCAUGUAAAGACUCGGCUGGAGUCUCUCUGCCCCAGUCCCUCCUCCAGGUGUCCUCCUCCGCCACCGCAGAGCCGCCUCCGCUGGGCGGCAGGCCGAAGCCCAAGCCCCGAGUUGGCAUGGACCUGAAGAGGCAGCAGAUGAUGAAGGAUGAUGGUCUCAAGCUCAUCCAGCAGAUCAGAGAGGCGGAGAAGCGAGGCGUCAGCCCCGAGGAGGUGUAUGCGGCUCUCUGCAUGUGUGGCGGCAGCAACCCCUGCGACUGGCUGACCUCGGAGCUGCCCCACCUGCUGGAUGAGAUCUGCGCCAUGGCCGCCUCUGUCCAGCUCAACUACAGAGCAGGGAACGCCGGGGCGGAGCCCGCCGUGGAGCGGGACGUCGGCAACGGAGGCAUGAAGCCCUCCAGAGCCGAGGCCAAGCUAGCCUGGCUGGCGGCCGGGGGAGACACAGACCGAGCUGUGAGACAGCUGCUGAGAGACAGACGGGUCAAGAUGAAAGAGCUUCACUCCCUCGGCUUCCUGGAUGUGACCCGGUGUGAGGAGGCCCUGCGGCAGAGUGGAGGGCAGGUGAAAGGAGCCCUUUCCCUGCUCCAGCGCCCCCUCGUGGAGCCUUUCCACCAGCACAUCUGGAUGGACCAACCGGAGCCUCCGAUCGACCCCAAACACGCGGACAAACUGAGGACGUGCAGGAGGCUGCUGGCGCUGUACGACCUGCCCAGCUGGGGGCGCUGUGAGCUGGUCCUGUCGCUGCUCCAGGAGCCAGACGUCACCUGCUCACUGGAGGACGUGGUUCACGCUGUCAAGCAGUCUCACGACAGGGACUUCAUCAGACGUCUCCUCAUCAACGAGUGUCCCUGCUGCCUGAGCAUCUUCCCCCACAGCAAGAUGCAGUCUCUGACGUCCUGCCAGUGCUCCGUGUGCCACGAGUGCUUCGGGCAGCACUUCACCAUCGCUGUCAGAGACAAACACAUCAGAGACAUGGUGUGUCCCGUCUGCGGCGAGCCGGACAUCAACGACCCCGAACAGCUGGACAGCUACUUCUCCACCCUGGACAUCCAGCUGCGGGCAUGUCUGGACUCUGAGGUUUACGACUUGUUCCACAAAAAGCUGACAGAACACGCCCUGAUGAAAGACCCAAAGUUCCUGUGGUGCUGUCACUGUGACUCCGGGUUUAUCAACGAUGGGAACCAGCUGAAGGUCACCUGCCCAUCGUGCCGUAAGAGUUUCUGCGCUCAGUGCAAGAAACCUUGGGAACCCCAGCACCAGGACGUGUCCUGUGAAGAGUUUCAGCGCUGGAAGAGGGACAACGACCCGGAGUACCAGAGACAGGGCCUGGCCGGGUAUCUGAGAGACAACGGCAUCAACUGUCCUCAGUGUAACUUCCAGUACGCGCUGACCAAAGGCGGCUGCAUGCACUUCAGCUGCUCCCAGUGCAGGUACCAGUUCUGCAGCGGCUGCAACAACCCGUACCACAAGACCGCGUGUAAGACGCCUCGGUGCACGUACAACGGCCUCCACGCCCAUCACCCUAGGGACUGCCUCUUCUACCUCCGGGAUUGGGACGCACCCCGACUGCAGCAGCUCCUGCAGAGGAGCGGCGUGGACUUCAACACGGAUCCGUCCAACGGGACUCAGACCGAUGCUUGUGGUGUGAUGGAGCAGAAAGACGAGGCGGGACAGCAGGUCGAUUCUCCGUGUGGCGUUGCAACGCAGCCGGGACAAGCCGGACUCUGCGAUAAACACUACAGGGAGUACCUGGUGAGUCUGGUAAAUGAUCACACUCUGGACCCGGCCGUGCUCUACGACACCGGUGAGCUGGUCCGAGCCUGCGAGCGGUACCUGGGGGAGUCGGCGAGAGGAGACGGAGAGGACGACAGCGUCUACGGCGCCCGACUACUGAAGGUAGUUUACACUCGGCACGUUCGCUCACAGACGCUCAGACUGACGCCUCGUUUCCCCCCACAGAAAAUCCUGGAGGUUCCUCUUGGAGAAAAAGUUCCCAGGAACAAAUAAGGAUCCCUCCGGAGAAAGCAGAGACCCGUCGCUGUGAUUGACCGCUCCGUUUCAGUAAUCUGCUGAAUUCCAGACAACACCGCAGGAACAAACCGUUUUCUGUGGAACCUGUUUAGAGUUUCCCACAGCGAGGAGUUUAUUUUCCCUUACUCCAAGAAUCGUGUUUUUGUGCCUUAAAUGUUAACUUUGGUGUGGAGUUUUAAUCUUUAGAAACCUGACGGGUUUCGGACUCCUGGAUAAAAGGUUUACGGAUCAGCUGUUGAAUGUUUUCUCUUGUGGUCGAUGAAUCUGAUCAUUUAGCCAUCGUCUCAAAUAAAAGAUAUUCUUGCAGUUUA